AUGUUAGGUUUGGUAGAAACAAAGAAAGAGAUGGUGACUAAGUAUGAUGUAGUUCGUAUCUGGAAAAGUGACAGUGCGGGUUGGGAGUUUGUAAAUUCAACUGGAGCUUCUAGAGGGUUAUUAUUAAUAUGGGAUGAAACUGUUUUCAAGCUUACUAACUGUUAUAAAGGUGAUAGAUGGAUGUGUGUUGAAGGAGUUGUGGUAAAAGAUAAUUUUCAUUGUGUUAUAUGCUUAGUGUAUGGUCCGCAUAUGAGAACUGAGAAGAGCUCCGUGUGGGAAGAACUGAGUUAUAUUACAGGACUGUGUCAGGUGCCUUUUUGUUAUUUGGGGGAUUUUAAUGAAAUUUUGCACUUGGAAGAAAGAAAAGGAGCGACAAGUCUAUCGGCGUCUGCGGAAGAUUUUAGAACAUGGAUAAAUGACAUGGAGUUGAUUGAUUUGCCACUAAAUGAUCGAAAGUAUACAUGGUUCAGGGGACAGUCAUGCAGUCAUAUUAACCGGAGCCUAGUUUCUUUGGGGUGGCUUGAGGCAUACCCAGAGACUUGUCUAAAGGGGGGCCCGAGAGGCUUAUCGGAUCAUUGCCCUUUAAUCAUGGAAGACAACACGAAAUUUGCUGGACCAAGACCAUUCCGAAGUCUGGACUUGUGGUUCACACAUGAAGGGUUUCUUAGAAUGGUGAAUGAAGAAUGGAAGGAAUUAGGUAACAUACAAUUCUUAGAGAAGAUGAAAGCACUGUCUGUACCGAUACGCAGAUGGCAUAAGCAGCACUUUGGGGACAUGACUGAGAGGAUAAAGAGAUUUGAGGAAUAA